AACUUCAAUACAGCGAUGGAAAUUUUGGCUGGACUAAAGUCUGAGAAACUGAAGCCGUUUUGGCUUUCAUUGACUGAAAAGGAAGGCAUCAGUUCCUUAGAAACGCUUUCUAGAGCACUGCUGACGCUUGAGUUGUCUACUGAAUACCAAGCUGCAAUUAACAAGGCACUGUCAUCUCCUUAUAAUAGAGUUAUUCCCUUUUUUGGCUCCUUUCUUCGAGAAAUGCGAUCUAUUCUGAAGGGAAUACCAAGUCUUGUCGUUUUAGCAAAUGACGAUGAAACACGAUUGGAGUUUAUUUCUGAUUUUCAUGGUGAAGAUCAUUUCUUUACAAGAAUUGGAGUUGGUGGGCUUAUUAAUAUAGAUAAGAUUUGCAAAACUCACAGAGUUCUGGAAGGCAUCGAGUCUUUCCACAAUCAUGCUCAAGUACGGGAACAAUUAUUGGAUGGAUGCGACACAGAAACAGAGUUAAAAGACCGGCAAAAGCGUGUGUCAUCCAAAGAAAAUAACGGUGAAGAAGAAUGUCUGUAUGAAUUCCAAAUUGAACCAAACGAUCCAUUUGUGAGUUAUUUCCCUAUCAGUCCAAAAUGUGAAUGUUUCCAAAUUCUUCAAUUUCUUCACCACGGAUCGUCUAUCAUUCACAUGGACGAAGAUGGAUCACGUUCUGCUUUAGUAUACUUGAAGCUGGAAAGAAACAAUGGUACGUUGACUUGGUCCAAACCGCCUCUGACGACACUAAAAGGAGCAGGUUCUCCAGACUUUAAUUUGAAUACUAGCGUGUUUGAAUACAUAUCUACUGGCUUUCUUUUGAGAUAUGAAAAUACUGACAUUUCACAUAAUGGCUUAGAAGAAGGAUUCUUAGAAUUAUUUAGUGCUAAAGAAGUGAACGUAACCUCCUGUGAUACAAUAACUGCAGCUAGGCGUCAUGGAAUGCCAGAUGAUAUUGAAAGGUGCUGCCUUCGGCUUUUAUACGGGAACAGUCUAUCCGAUAACAGAAGUUUAGAGUUUUUUGGUCCUUCCGUAAUAAUCCAGUACUGGUACAAAGGAUUGGAAUUUGUAGUAGAAUCUCUGAAGAAGCAAAAAGCUUUGUGUGAUCGCAGAAUCAGCUGGCUGAAAGAAAAAUAUCUGAAUUUGUACUUCGAGGAGCUGAUAUGUGUUGGUCCCACACCAGCUGAUGCAAUUAAAGUUUUUGGUGGACGAAAAUGGACACUUGGUUCUCUAGGUGGCUCAUCGUCCUCAGUGGAUGUUUCAGGAUUCAAAAGAGUAGCUAGCUUAGGCGUGAACACUGGGAAGCUAAGGAAAAAGAAAUCUCAAACUUCUCUAGCUGCAAUUCGGGAUUGUAGCCCAAAAUCUCAAACGAGCUUAACUUCAGAUAUUAUCUGUGAAUAUUCCAAACAGAGUCCAUCUGUGAAGUCAAAACGUGCUCAUAUGAAAGCAAGUGAUGUGUCAGAUGACUCAGAUGUACCGCACCCCAAUCUUCCUAGCACAUCUUUCAGUUCCAGUCAUAGAGAAAAAAGCCACGCUGGAGAUUCCCCGCCAUUAGUUUUCUGCCCUGCCAUUACUCAUUCUAGCCAACUGGAUUUCAUCCAAUUUACAGAGCUUUUCCGAUCUUUUAUAGUUCGCACUAGAAAAGAUAUUCGCUCCCUGUUUGAACAGGUUGCAGUAUCAACUAAAGCGUACAGUGAUAGUCAUUCUGUAGACCAUGAAUCCUCUUCGUAUCAGUCUCUGUCUUCUUCCAAGAAAAUGUUAGGUCUGUUGACGCGGAACACUCCCCUCGACUUUCAAGAGGGCACUCAACACAAGCGAAUAUGUGAUGCAAUAGCAACUGCCAGUAUUGUAUCUAACUGUGCAGGAGUUGAUACUUCCAAAACUUUAGUUUUGGGGAAAGAAGAUUUUCAACGUUUUCUGCUUGAGCACCAGGGUGAACAUAAAACGUAUGAUGAAAUAGCUGCACUUGUUUUGCGUCACGAGCCGGACUCGGAGCUUCGGAAUAAGUGUAGCUUGUCUUUCGAGGGUUUUGCAAGAUUCUUAAUGGAUAAAGAAAAUUAUGCUUUUGUUCCAGAGACCGUUAAGCCAAAGACAGAAGAGAUGGAUCAUCCUAUGUCCUAUUACUACAUCGCAUCAUCUCACAACACCUAUCUUACUGGUCAUCAGUUAAAAGGAGAAUCUUCUGUUGAACUGUACAGUCAGGUUCUCCUAACUGGUUGCCGCUGUGUGGAGCUUGAUUGUUGGGAUGGUGAUGAUGGCAAUCCAGUCAUUUAUCAUGGUCAUACGUUAACUACAAAAAUACCAUUUAAAAGUGUCGUUAAUGCUAUAAGUAAAAGUGCUUUCAAGACAUCACCGUAUCCUGUAAUUUUAUCAAUUGAGAAUCAUUGUUCUGUGGCACAACAAGCUAAAAUGGCUCAGAUUUUUACGAACGCAUUUGGAGACCGUCUAGUCACACACUUUCUCUUCGAAUGCGAUUAUGGGGAUGAACCUCAACUGCCAAGUCCAAACCAGCUGAAAUAUCGAGUAUUAAUUAAAAACAAGAAGAUGCGUGCAGCUAUUACUCCUGCUCUUCCAAUGAAGUUGCAGACUUUCUUUUAGCAGGGAAAAUUAGGAGGUGGAAGAACCAACAGUAUUAUUUCUACAGCCAGCACAGGCUCUUUUAAUGAUGAAGAUGAUGACGAUUAUGAAGACGAUGAAGACGAAGAAUACAUCAUAGAUGAACAAGAAGACCGUCAGAGCUCAGGGACUGUCAGCAAGAGCGUUUCUCUGACUGCCCGAACUGAAUCUUUAUCCAGCCAAGAAGAAUCAUAUCGCGAUAAGACCGCUGCUUUUGCUGCCAAACAUCAUUCAGUACCUGUUGAAGCGGAAGCCCCUAUUGAAGAAGAGAAAAGUAAAAAAUCCAGCAGUCAAAUCGCCCCUGAGCUUUCGGAUUUAGUUGUCUACUGCCAAGCAAUUAAAUUCCGAGGCAUCAAUUCUAGUCCAACAAAUUCUGUAAAAGUUAAGAAAAUAAGUAGUCGUCGAAAUCUCCUCGCAUCAUCUGGUGGAUCCUCAUUACCUGGCACCCCACCGUUAUCAUACGACAUGAAAAUGGAUCAACCAAUUCCAAAACGUGCUUCAUCUGCUGCUCCAUGUUACCAAGUGUCAUCUGUUAAUGAAAGUACAGCCAAAAAACUGUGUAAAAGACAUCCAUUAACUCUUAUGGCUCAUUGUCAAACUCAGCUGAUGCGCACUUACCCAGCUGGAAUGCGGAUCGACUCUUCCAACUUCAAUCCUACCACUUUUUGGUCUUUCGGAAUGCAGAUGGUGGCUCUCAAUUACCAGACUGACGAUCCGUCUCUUCAUUUGAAUACUGCAAUGUUUGAACAAAAUGGUUCCUGUGGUUAUGUUCGCAAGCCUCGAGUGAUGUGGGAUAGAACACAUAUGAUGUAUGGUCGAUUCAAUCCAUGGGAAAAGUCCUUUGAUGGUUUUCAUUACUUAACAUUCUCAAUAACAAUCAUCUCUGGACAGUAUGUAUGCCCCAACGCAUUCAAUGGAAGUCCGCAAGUGGAAGUGGAAGUUGUUGGAAUACCUGCUGAUAGCAACCGAUGGAAGACAAAAGUAGUUCAAAGAAACUCAUUGAAUCCUAUAUGGAAUGAAAGUUAUCAGUUUCGGAUAACUUUUAGGGACCUUACAUUUAUCCGCUUCACUGUUACUGACAUCGGGUCCAACCAUUUGACAGCUCAAAGAAUUAUUCCAUUGGGAAACCUAAAGCAAGGUUAUAGGCACGUAAGACUUCGUAAUCUCCUGAACCAACCACUUCCUUUGUCUACACUGUUCAUUUAUUCUAUGUGCGAAGAAGAAUGUUUGGAGAUGGCACAAGCUUGUGCCUCUGAAUCUUCUACUCCUGGUCCUAAGAAAGGCAAAUCGAAAGACCAGGCUAAAGCAGAGGCUGCUAUUCCAAAGCCAGUUCCUGUUAAGCGAAAGAUGUUCUUCCUAGUCGUAUAUGGAGUACUUCCAGAUGAAUCAAGUACUAUCCUUAAAAUUACUCAGGAAAGUACAACUACAGAAGUAAUAGCUCAGGCCUUAAACAAGCGAAAUAGUCCCGAUUCAGUGAGUGAUUAUGUUUUGAUUGAAGAAGUACGGCAAGGAUGGGACAAAAAAGUCUCUGAUAAAUGUGCCAGCCGACGGUUUCUAGAUCGAGAUGAAAGACCUUUGGAAGCACAAGGAAAAUGGGUUGGUGAAGGAAAAUUCAUUCUAAAGAAACGUUCCGAGGCUGUGCUAAACCCUAAACGAGCACAAGAGCAGAGUAAAUUUAACAUAGGGGAACAGGCCCCCAUGGCGGCCUCAGGUGCAUCUACUGGUGCAAGAAGCAAGACGGGCUUACAAAGACAGAGGAGAUGCUUAGAUGAUGAUGAAACGCUGUAUAAUGCGCAACAAAAAUGGAAAAGGAAAGGCUGGCUUGAAACGAAGGAGAAAGAGGAAAAACCAGAUAGGAAAUCUAAAGCAUCUGCCUUAAGAAAAUUCCGACAGUCGUCAAAAGGAGAAGAAGAUGGACAAUUGAGGCAAGCUCAUAGUGAAGGUGAAGAUGAAACAAGAGAAAAUGCUGUAUUGAGAUUCAAGAGACUAUCCCUAAAGAAACUAAAGACCUGGAGAUGA